AUGUCUUUUGGGAGAGGUCUUUUGGGUUGCAAAUUUGCAAACAUUAAAAAAAUAAAUUUUUUAAAGGAAACAACACCAACACAAUUGAGAGGAACAUGUAGCUUUCUGAGUGAAGUUUCUUAUAUUGCUGUUAGCGUUAUUGGAAUGGGUAUGGGAAUGGAUUUAAUGUUGGGGAGGAAUUUGUUGGCUCUUGUUGGUUUUGGAGCCAUUCCUGGCAUUUUGUCUAUUUUCAUUGUUCUCCCGCUAAGUGAAUCUCCAAAAUUUUUAUUAUUAAAUCGAAAUGAUAGAAAAGCAGCAAUUAAGUCAUUGGAAUUUUAUCAAGGUUAG